CGAAGUAGAGUAGAGCCAUUGAAGUGAGUCAUCUAACGACGGGACCUGUAGAAGUAGAACUGAAGUUCACCUAGUCGCCAAAAUCAGUUCAACAAAGUCCAGCGGUACACUCAUCACUGCCGUGAGUCACUGCUAUAGGGACAGGACUAAAGCUACAAGAGCACCGAGUUCACUGAAGAAAAGUAGGUGCAUCACAGAUUUUUUUUUUUUUUUUUUUUUCAUUUUCAUCUGGUUCUAGCAGAACAUCUCAGUAGCGAUGGUUAUUAGAUAUUAGUUUUACACGGAAACAUCAAUUUGUUGGACUAUUAAAGAGACUACAGAAUUUGAUCGCUGACUUCUCUAAUAAUAGAAUAUUACAAAGAUAUGCCUGGAUUUAACAUACUGACCAUUAAAGUAGCCUAUUUUGGAUAUCAUUUUUAGAUUAGGCAUAGAGGAAUCGCUUUGCUUGGAAGUGCUUUUUUGCCACUGAAGACACUGAUCGUGUGGGAAUUCAUUAUCAACCUUCUGAAAUUUCCUCCUCUUUCCCUGGAUCAUGUACCAGGAUUACACCGGGACUUACGACACGUCCUCCCGCGGCAGCAGCAGCUCACCAGCGCACCCGGACACCAGCCCCAUCCCUGCCUCCAACUACCAGAAGUACAGAAUAGACAUGCCUGGUUCUAGUAGUGCCUUUAUUCCAACAAUUAAUGCCAUAACGACCAGUCAGGACUUGCAGUGGAUGGUUCAGCCCACAGUAAUCACAUCCAUGUCUAAUCCGUACUCCCGGCCUCACCCGUACGGCCUGUCUGUGUCUAGCGGCCCGGGCCUCCUCAGCCACACAGCUCUCACGCGGCCCGGGGUCAUCCGGUCCAUCGGCGACGCCCGCGGUCGACGUAAGCGAGACGAACAGUUUUAUCUGCAGCUCACCCCAGAGGAAGAAGAAAAACGGAGAGUCAGGCGAGAAAGAAACAAACUAGCUGCAGCGAAAUGUCGGAACCGCAGAAGAGAACUGACCGAGAUGCUGCAAGGGGAAACUGAGAAGUUAGAGGAGGAGAAGGCUGACCUGCAGAAAGAAAUCGAGACCCUGCAGAAGGAAAAGGACAAGUUGGAAUUUAUGUUGGUGGCCCACAACCCUGUGUGCAAACUGCCUCUUGAAGAACGCCAUCAGAGUUUGCACUCCCAGCAGUGUGCGCCCCUAUCUCUGACCAUGCGUUCCAACCUGGGUCCCCGGGGUCCGAUGAGCACUCUCAACCCAGUGGUGGUUAAACAGGAGCCUUUGGAAGACGAUGACGACGAUGAGGACGAAGCAAAAGCCCAGCAUUCAGUCAUCAAGCCCAUCUGCCUAGGUGGCGGCAUGUAUUGCUCUGACGGAGACAGCCUCAACACGCCCGUUGUGGCUGCUUCCACCCCGGUGUCCACCCCGAACAACCCGAGCCUCAUCUUCACGUACCCCAGCAUGCUCGAGCCCGAGAGCCCAUCGCCCUCGUCGGAGUCCUGCUCCAAAGCCCACCGCCGGAGCAGCAGCAGCGGUGACCAAUCAUCAGAUUCCCUGAAUUCUCCCACCCUGUUGGCGCUUUGAAGGAAAAUUCGACUUUUGUCAUUGUUGUGGAUCUCCAGAGCACGCUCAGCUGGGAUUUGAGUGGGGACUUCGCCUCAACCACGCUGAGAACCCUCAAGGGCUAAUUUGCUCGUUUUAUUUAAACGUUUCAGAAGAGAGUUUUUGUUGUCGUUGUUUAAAUGUACGUGCGAAUUCCACUUGCUAUUUCAGUGGCGAGGUUUUGUAACGAAGACGAAAAAAGUUGGAGGAAAGAUUGCAUCUGUUCAGAAGAGCGAGACCGCUUGGUAUUUCCUGCUGACUAAAAAGAGAGGGGAAUUGCUUGAAAAUUGAAUUCUUGAUAGGUACAGAAUCAGACAUUGGACACUACGCCCUCAGAACGUCAUUAUCCUUGUGUUUGUGACGUGUGAAUAUUGUCCCAUUGUAUUUUGUGUCUUGCUGUUUAUAAUAUUUAGGGUUCACUGGAUGAGCCUGACUGCUGAGUGUCGAAAGAACCAUCUUGUAUAAUAAAAUGCUGACCUUUGUUGAUAUUUUGUAUAUGCGGCACAAGCACUAAGAUUAAUUGCCAAAUUUACAUAGCUUUUGUUAUGUAAAGUAAACAGGAAAAAACACUUUAUAGCAUCAGCGAAUCUACUGUCAGGGAUUUUUGUCUUGUGUCAGUGAGCCAUACAAGCAUUACUAGAAGCAAUUGCACACAGAACACAAUAUAACGGUGUACAUGAGGGAAACUCCAGCCAUAUUAGGCUCUGCCUCUAACCCUGACAUGGCAAUACCGCUUUUGUAUUGGCGCACACUGUGGUUUUCAAAUAAAAAAAAGAAAGAAAGAAGCAAACUAUGUAUUACUUUUAUAAUAUGUACUUUUAUGUCUUGGCUGGCCCUUUUUUCAGGGUACAGUUUGAAUUAAAUACAUCAGCCAUAUGAGCACUUCUCCCUGAAACACUGGUUGGCUUUGAUGCACUUUGUCGGCAACCUCGCAAUCGAAUAAAACACCAUUCCUUACAAUGGAUUAAAUGGAAUGCAGAAUGAUAUUGAAAGUUUGAUGCAAAAGGUGAGUUGUGCGUCAGAUACUGAAGAAAAGAUACAAAUUGCAAUAUUUCUUUAAAAACAUUCCUUGGAAAUUGAGGCUAAAUUUCAGAGAGCUCUCAAGGUUACUGUUGCCACAGUCAUAAUAACUGAGGGUGACUGGGAGUAUUUUGUUGUACAGUUUGCAGCAAACAGAAACAAGACAAAUGUGGCUUCUAUUUGAAGGACUUUGUUGCUUAUUUAUGUCAGGAGCUUUCAAGGAUCUAAGAGACGAUUUCAGUGUUUGUUAAAUCAAGUAUGAGCGUUUCUAGUUGCAAAAACCAAUUUAAUACCAAAAAAAAGAAAAGAAAAAACAAAAACAAAAAAACAAGAAAGAUGUUUAUGGACAGUGUGCUGUAAACUGUUCUCUGUCAGUCUUUGACCCCUGUGUAAUUUUGAGCAAGCCAUCUGUACAGCUUUCUGCACAUGUCCUGCUUAUCGGUCUGUAUUUCUCUCUCUCUCUCUCUCUCUUUUUUAUUGCUUUAACUGUUGAAAGACAGAAAACAACCUACAAAAACAGCAAUAUGUAAAGCAGUGUUUGUUCAUUUGGUAAUUUAAAUUUAUUAUAAUGAUAAUAAAAACAUUUCCAAAGUGGUA